UUUUCUUUUGGGAUUGUAUAAUUUCUUUCGUAUGGAGCUAUGUGGCUCCUUGUAUGAUCCAUAGUUCCGCUGCGUAGUUUUGGAUGUAUAAUAGUUAGAAUACUCCUUUAGUAUCCGUCAAAUCGAUGCGUUAACACUGGAACCAUGAUCCUCCUUAGAGUUGAUGAUUUGAGAAGCCGACGAUAAUUCAAUCCGUCGUGACGUAUUUUUGAAAGGCAUUAAAGGCCUUAGAUUAGUUUAGUUAUGUUAAUCACUUAUAUAUCCUUGUCACACCCUCAGUUUUAACCGAGAUGUUGCCGAAAUUUCCACUUACCCAUCUUUUUAAUUAAUCUUUAGCGUUUAUUUUAAUUAUUUUCCUUUUUCUUUUUGUAACAUCCGAAUUUCUUCCCUUCCUUCACGAUUUCUGGUUCCGUUUAAGGGGUUGGAAAUUCAGGGGUGCUACAGGUUCAUUUUGGGAGUAGUGAUUUGUUGGAUCAUGUAUAUUCAGUGUAUCUUUGGGUAUAGUGAGUUUUAGUCUUUAUGUUGUAUCAUGUAUGUUCAAUUCAGUUUAUUUUUUUAGUAUAGUGUAGGCUGAGGGAAUUGGGGAGCACAGCGAGAAUUGAAUUCAGAACCUGGAAAGUUAUAAACUAGACCCGAUUCUUAUAUGUUCACAGUAGUUAGUAUUAGCUAGUAUUAGCUUUAAUUCCUUAAAACCUUAUGUUAUGAUGUAUAUCUAAUCUUGAAGAAAAGGGAUGGAUAUGCCUAAUGCCUAUAUGCAUCAGCAUAACUUGUGAAAUUUUAGAAAAUGUAGAUAAAGAAAUAAGAAGAAAACUGAGUCUUGUUUGGAAUUUGCUUCCACAAUAUGAAGAUCUUACAUCACAAGUUUUUGUUUUCUUUGAAAAAUACUUUGAAAUGGGCAUUUUGGUUAGUUUUUUGCAUACUUAGGCCCUGUUCUCCCAAACUUUUUGAUUAAUUUUGAUUAGCAUAAUUCAGUUGUGAUCUAUAAAAAUAAGUUUAAGUAGCAAUAUUCCCUAUUCAUAUCCUUGGAAUUAAGGAUUUAACAUUGUUCUAUUGUUGCUGUUGGGAAUGUUUGGCAAAUGACUUUUACUUUGUUGGCAAUUGGCCAUUUGGCCUUUUGAUUUGAUCAACAGUCGAAAAGUGUUAGGUAAAUGGCUUUUCAGUCAAUGCUAGAAAGCUACUCUGAUCUUUUUCAUUGGCUUAUGGCUUUUUAUCUAUGUUUCUCUAAUAAAAAGCCGGUAGCCAACAAUUCAUUUUUACCAAUCAGCUCCAUAACUUUUCCAAUUGGUCACAGCUCUAGCUAAAGCAGUUGUGUAGAAAAUAUCUUCGGUGAUUUAGAUAUUUUGAUCUGCAAAGAUCAAAGACAGCUGGGGAAUCAUUAAAAAUCAGUUUCACCAAAAAAAAUAUCUUUUAAUUUCUGUUUUGUAAAAGUAAGGUCAUAGGAAUUGGGCCUAUGGAAUUAUAAUCAAAUAUUUCAAUGAAAAAUCCAAUUUUGUGCUGAUUAUUGCCUCUUUGUUUAUGUUCUUAGAAGUCCUCAUGGAUGCAAAAAAUGCUGCAGAGAUGUUGAAGCAUUUGGAAAAGCAGAAUGAGUUGCUUGAGGAUGCUCAUAAAAAGAUGGCUCAUGAGUUGCAUAGGCUGCAGGUAGAAGAAGAAAUGCUUAUGCGCAAGUUCUAUGAACUCACAUCUGCUUUGGGCGUGAAUAAAAAGAGUGAAGUGAGCAGGAUCACGUUUAAUGAGACGGAGAACGAAGAACCAAAUACUCAAGCUGAUGCAUGCAACGAACAACAGUGACAAGAUGCAUGGGAUCAGCCUGAGGAAUGACCAUCAGCAGAAAAACGAACGAUGAUGCUCAGCAGCUGCAGAAUACAGUGAUAUUACAAACGAACAGUAAUGAUUCAUACAGAUUAAAGAUCGAGUUAGUUCAUUAUUAGUUUUGAUGAAGAGCGUAUUCGAAAGAUAAAAGUAUAAAAAACUCGACGAUAAAACAUCCUCCACGAAUAUUUUCUUUGAACUAUUUGUAUGCAUUGUUGUCUAAACAAUGAUCAAUGCACCAUUAUAGAAACUCGGUUCUGUAACGCGGCCACAUCAUGGUUGUUCGGGUCAAACACUUGCAAAUAUUGUAGAAACUUGAACUUGGUUUGUUUCAUCAUAUUCAAUGUAUUUUGCUUAUGAAAACUAUGAUUAGGGUGUGGGAAAAAGCAUACCCAUAAAGAAGGAUGCAACUUAAGAGUAUUUAAUAGCA